AUGGGCUCCAGUAAAACGGCCCUUGAGAGCGUUCAGGACUGCUGGGCACGCAUUUCCCAAAACUCUCCCAUCUACAACUUCUUCUUCUCAGACAUUGUCCUUGUUAACGCAACGAAUGGCUCUAUGGUGGCUACGCUGCAUGUUAACUCCCAUCACCUGAACUCCAAGGGCGGGCUUCACGGUUCUGUCUCAGCGACAAUUGUCGAUUGGGCAGGUGGAAUGGCCAUUGCAAGUACAGGUCUCGAGAAAACAGGAGUAAGCACGGACAUCCACGUGUCGUACGCCUCAUCCGCAAAACUGGGCGAUGUAUUGACCAUCGAGGGCAAUGUGAACAAGGUGGGCAGAAACCUCGCCUUCACUACUGUGACAAUCUACAAGGGGGAAGGGGAGGACAAGACUAUCGUCGCGCACGGCACCCAUACCAAGUACAUUCUGCGCGAUCAGCCGGACAAGAAGGCAUGA